AUGGCGCUUACUUCCCAACGUCUGGUACAGGAGGCUGGGGCUAUGCUAUACGGGAUAAUCAAGGUGUUGUUUGCAGAGCUGGAGCGGGCAGUGAGGCCUUCCUCCAGAACGCGUUUCAUGCUGAAUUACUGGAGAUGUGCAGAGGGUCUGAAGAUGGCAGCGCAGAUGGGCAUGGCUCAAGUCAUUCUUGAAACAGAUGCAUCAAUGGUGAAGACGGCCAUAGAAGGUGAUGAGUAUCGGCUAUCGUCAAUGGGUGGCGUCAUCACUGAAAUCAAGCACCUGAUGGCGAUGGAAUUUUCCUCCUGUGUGAUUAGUAUUUCCUCACGAAAUUGUAAUAAGUUAGCUCAUGAACCAACUUCUUUGGGUUGUCAUCUACCUGGUGGUGAGAGCACCACUUGGGACGUUGUACCUUAG